CAAAACUGAUGAUCCAUCACAUUCUCAACUCAUUUUUCCUAUAUACUGGUAGUGUACUCUAUGAAAGUGGUCAAACACUGGAUGACUAGAGUUGAGCAAAAAGGUUUUUGCUAGAGGGUAUAAAAACCCUAUAAGCAUAGUGGCGUUGAAAAAUUGUUGUACAAAAUGACGGCACUGUCGGAGCUCACCGACGACAUUGUUCGGAGCAUGACCGUAGGAGCCGUUUUCUCAGAUUUUGGUGGGCAGAUAAACUCUCUUGAUUUUCAUCGGAAAGAAGAUUUGCUGAUAACUGCAAGUGAGGAUGACUCAAUUCGACUUUUUGACAUUGCCAAUGGGAAGUUGCUAAAAACUACAUAUCAUAAGAGGCAUGGAGCUGAUCGAAUAUGCUUUACCCACCACCCUCAUUCUGUUAUAUGCUCUUCAAUACAUAACUUGGAUUUGCAUGGAGAGUCUUUGCGAUACCUAUCCAUCUAUGAUAAUCGAUGCCUUCGUUACUUUAAGGGACAUAAAGAGAGGGUUGUGUCACUGUGCAUGUCUCCCGUUAAUGACAGCUUCAUGUCUGGUUCUCUUGAUCAUAAUGUCAGAAUAUGGGAUCUUCGCGUAAAUGCUUGCCAGGGAGGAGAGAAGCGGUGUGGGUUUAAUCUGGAUCCCUCCCCGACAGCAAUGGAGGCAACCUUUACACCAGACGGCCAGUAUGUUGUUUCAGGUUCUGGAGAUGGAAACUUGCAUGUGUGGCACAUCAACGAACUAAAUAAGGUUUGUAGCUGGGAUAGCCACAUAGGCGUGGCAUCGUGCUUGAAAUGGGCCCCAAGAAGAGUCAUGUUUGUUGCUGCAUCAUCAGUUCUUACCUUGUGGAUUCCUAAUAAUAGAGGAGGUCCUGCUGAGGCCGCUGGAGUCCAGAUAGAAGAACAAGUUACUCUUAAUCUAUGACGUCUUUAUACGUUACAUGUAUGUGUAAAGACACGGGCCCUCUCGGGAGUUAUAUGGACAUUGUUGAAAAUUCUGAACGCUUUUUUAUUCGUAGAUGCAAGACAUAAUCCAAGGGCUUUUUAAAAAAAAAAAGUUAUGCCCCUUGGACAGUUGAUACUAUCAAACUGUAUCUUGAUUUAUGAAAUGUUUUACAACUCUUGCCUUAAAAGAAAAGAAUUAACCCAAA